GUGUCUCCGGGCAGGCAGGCACGCACACACACAGAUCGCGGGUUUGGGCUGAUUUGGACCUGAUUUUGGCCUCAUGGCGAGCUCGCGCUUCGGUCAGUGCACGUCCAGCGCGCGCGUCGUGUCCACCUGUGUGCUCGUCACUCUUCUCACCUGCACGCUCAGGUGUUCAGAAUGCGUCAAACUGAACAACAUCAUUCUCAUUCUCACCGACGACCAGGAUGUGCAAAUGGGGGGAAUGACUCCCAUGAAGAAGACCAAAGUACUGAUCGGUGAUGCUGGUGUGACUUUCUCCAAUGCGUUCACUGCCACCCCUCUGUGCUGUCCCAGUCGUAGCAGCAUCCUCAGUGGCAAAUAUCCACACAAUCAUUUAGUCCGAAAUAACUCCAUCUCUGGCAACUGCAGCAGCGUGACGUGGCAGAAAGAGGUCGAGCCCUUCGCCUUUCCGGUUUACCUCAAUAAGAUGCACUACCAGACCUUCUACGGGGGGAAAUACCUGAAUCAGUAUGGAAGUAAGGACGCAGGCGGUGUGGCUCAUGUGCCUCCCGGCUGGGACCAAUGGCACGCGCUGGUGGGAAACUCUCAGUAUUACAAUUACACACUUUCUGUGAAUGGAAAAGAGGAAAAACAUGGGGACAACUAUGAGAAGGACUAUCUCACAGACCUGGUUUUGAACCGGUCGCUGCAUUUUCUGGAGGAGCGGAGCCCCAAUUAUCCGUUCUUCAUGAUGUUGUGUCCUCCGUCUCCUCAUUCGCCGUGGACGGCCGCCCCGCAGCAUCAGAAGACCUUCAGCGACGUCAGAGCGCCACGCGACGGCAGCUUCAACAAGCCUGGAAAGGACAAACAUUGGUUAUUACGACAGCCUGUGAAUCCCAUGCCAAACAGCUCCAUUGAGUACCUUGAUGACGCUUUCCGCAGGAGGUGGCAGACGCUUCUGUCUGUGGACGACAUGGUGGAACAGCUGAUUAAGAAACUGGAUUCAGUGAAGGAACUGGACAACACGUACAUCAUCUACACGUCUGAUCACGGCUAUCACACUGGCCAGUUCUCAUUGCCCAUUGACAAGAGACAACUGUAUGAUUUCGACAUUCGCAUCCCCCUCUUGGUUCGGGGUCCAGGAAUCAAAGCUAACCAAACACUUCAGUCUCCAGUGUUGAAUAUAGAUCUUCCCAUGACUAUCCUGGACAUCGCUGGAGUAAAUCUCUCCACCGUCAACAUGGACGGACAGUCUUUCCUGCCGCAGAUGGCACCAUCAUUGCGUAAUGGCACCGAACGGCCCUUCUUUCUAGUGGAGUACACUGGUGAGGGAUUUGCUUCUGAAGAUCCCAGCUGCCCUAAACUCGGCCCAGGACUAGCUCAUUGUUUCCCAGACUGUGUAUGCGAGGACGCCUUCAACAACACGUACGCCUGCGUCAGAACUCUGAAGGAUGGAGACCUGCAGUACUGUGAGUUUGCAGACAAUGAGUCGUUUGUAGAGGUGUACAACCUGACGGCAGAUCCCCAUCAGCUGGAGAACAUUGUGAAGAAGGUCGAUCCUUCCCUUCUGCAGAUCAUGAACCAAAGGCUGAUCAAGCUGGAGUCCUGCAUGGGAAACGGCUGUCGAAUCCUCAAAUAAGUCCAGCUCGAGCGGAGAACGCCAAGUUCAGUCAUGUGAAGAUGUGUCAGGGUUUUCACUUGCACAAAUCUCUCCUGAAAUUUUUAAAGGGAUAGUUCACCUAACAAAUGUGGAUUUGCAUUUGGUGCAAAAACGAAAGUCAAACAGGUUUGAAACGAAGUAAUUAGGGUGAGUAAAUCUUUACAUUUAUUUGGAGUGAACUGUCCCUUUAUUUCUGAUGUGGUGAAGUCACGCACACGCCCCUCCUAUAAAUGUGAAUGUAUCUACAGUGUGAUUCGACUUCAAAUGCUGAAAUACAGCUACAAGAAAAGCACUUCUAAGGACUUGAACCAGUUCAACUGGAAGUUUACUCGUCCUCAGGCUUUCCUUACUGUCGUCAUGCAAUGUUUUUGGAGGACUUUUAUGGUAAAUGAAUGUUUAAACUAAAUUUUGACUACUAAAAUAUACUAUCAUCAAAACAUUUACCCGUUGCAUUUUAAGAGCUGUUUUUUUUUUUUGGACCGUUAUCUUUGGUUAUGCAUGGUUGUUUUAUGUGUUCUUCGUACUGUGAAUUGAACCAUAUAUGUAUCUAUGUGCCUCAUGUGCCACAGUGGAAAUCCUGCUCUGAUGUUGUUUUAAAAUUAAUUUUGCUUCAUAAA